GCGCCGCCCCGGGCCGCUUCCUGGAAACCGUUGCUCGGCAACCGCGGGGCCCUUAGCAACGUCGCCGUUUGAGAAGCCCUUUUCUCGCUUUGGGACCAUGCCGGUGUGGGUGCGCGACUACAGCUGGGAGCAGACGCCUGAAGCGGUUUAUUUGACGGUCCCCGUCCGGAAGGGCGGCCGCCUCCGAGCCUCCGACGUCUUCUGCUCCGGACAGUUAGUCAAGGUGAGCUCCCCUCCGUUCCUCUUCGAGGCCUUACUCUGGGCGCCCAUCGACAAUGCGCGAAGCACUGCCAAGGUGGAGGAGGGCUGUGUCUCCUUCACCCUCUACAAAAGGGAGCCCGGCCCCUGGGAGUCCCUUCUCAUGGAGGGAGGGGACAAAGCGGAGCGGCAGAGUGUCCGGGAAGAGGCAGUGCGCAAGGCCCAGGAAGAGGCCGCGGCCGAGGCCAAAGCCAAAGCGACUCGGAAGCGGGAGCGGGGCCACUUCACUCUGGAUGCCACAAUGAAGCUGGAAGAGGCAGAAAGGAAACGAAUAGAAGAUUGCAAAGAAGAGGAGCGAAGGAAAGCCAAUGCGGAGAUUGAGAGGUGGAAGAAGCAGAAGGAGAGGCUGAAGGAGGCUCGAGGAGAGCAAAAGACGCAUCACGAAAAGAGGAAGAGCCCAGAGACAGGGAAAGCGAAGUCUUUCCAUAGAAACAAGACGGACGGAGGAAUAAACUCAGGCAAUAUGUUUUUGGAGAAGCUGAAGGCAGAGGCCCUGCCUGCCCCGCGUCCGGCCGGGAGCAUCGAGGUCGCCUUCACCCCUCGCGCCUUCCCCACGGCCAGCAGGGAGUCCCGCGCCCCCGAAGAAGAGGAGUGGCUGCGCAAGCAAGCAGAGGCCCGACGCAUGAUUGACGCCGACGCUGCAGAGAUCGAGGAUUUACGAGAAGAGGAGAAAGACCCCGACUGGCUGAAAGACAAGGGCAACAAAAUGUUUGCAACGGGGAACUACCUGGCGGCGGUCAAUGCUUACAAUUUGGCGAUUCGCAUCAACAGCCGGAUCCCGGUCUUGUACCUGAACAGAGCUGCCUCCCACCUGAGGCUGAGGAACCUGCACAAGGCCAUCGAAGAUGCCUCCAAGGCUUUGGAUUUAUUGACUCCUCCCGUCCCUGACAACGCAAAGGCCAGAGCGAAGGCUCACGUCCGGCGUGGGACGGCCUUCUGCGAACUGGAAUUGUAUGCCGAAGGCCUCCAAGAUUACAUGGCCGCGCUAAAAAUCGAGCCUUCCAAUAAAAAUCUGGAGGAAGAUGCGGAAAGGAUUCGACACAUAAUUCAAGGGCAGGAGUGAUUCUGGGGACGCGCCAUGCUGACGGGGGUCCUCGGGGGGCCUUUCUCCUCGUUAUAAGUGGCUCUUAUGGCUCUCGUGAGGAGAGGAAGAGCUGGAACUGAUUUCCAGAAAUGAUUCUCUGUAGAAAAUAUUUCCAUUUUUUAAUAAUUUAAUACUUUUCUCAAUAAACAAAGUAGAGGAAAUUCUCAGGAAAA